UCCUUUUGGAAAAUACAAUAAAACUACAGUGAUAAUGUAAGAGUCUUUUUAAUACUUUUUUCCUUACAUUUUACUUCAAAAAAUAGCCAGAAAUGGUUUUCUGGUACAAAAAUUACAACAGUUUUUUAAGAGUAUUAGACGAAUGUUUUAAAAGGUCAUUGCUACCAGGAUCACUUAAUCAACUGCUCAGACCGAUGAUAAAAUUUCUUUACAUAGAGACGAGAGUAUUUAUCCUUUAUCCCUCCACACUUUAUCCUGAGAACAGUUAGUCUAAUAUGUUGUGAUAGACCUGUCAAAUAAUAACCACCGGAGGCCGCUUAAUUUCAUAUUAGUUUGUGCAGGAAAGGAAUCGAUCCAGUGACCAACCAUAACUUCCAUAUAGUUAGUUUACGUCUCAGGCUAAUUUUUUCUCCCAUGUUUUCAGAUUAUGGCCCACAGUUCUGUAACUCCAGACGUCCUCAUGGACUUAGCAGUAGUCCUCUUCACUGAUGAGGGAGAUGCACCUGCUGUAGUAGCUACUGCCUGGUUGCGGUUCCAAGACCGGAUGUGCUACUGGCCAAGUCACAUAAAGUCAGAGUGCAAGCGGGAAAAACUAGUCGUGUCUGCAGCUACCCCGGAUCCUGAUGCCGGUUGGGAGCUCUGCCCUAUUAGGGUCCUCGAGAAAGGCAUUCAUGAUCUGUUGACUGCGAGAAACAAAGCCAAAUUGGCUGAACUGACCUCAGAUAUUGAUUUGAACCAAUCCAAAAGACCAAAGAAACCUGUUCAGAAGUACGGUUAUGAAGACACCUCUGAUGAUGAAGAAAACCUGCCACGCACUUCAGAUAGAAAAAGGCCACGAAAAGGAGUAAGUGAAAAGCUCAAGCAGGCUUCUGACAAUUCUGCGCAUCAGAAACCUCCUACUAUUUAUGCAUCAUUUACGCAUGAUAGUGUUAGUAAAUCUUGUAGUGCCUCAACUUCUAUUCCUGCUAGUAAUUCAAUGCAAACCCCUAAUGCAACUGCUUCUUGUGAGAAUUUUAGUCCAAACACACCCUCUGGUGCCUUAAAUGCUUCAAACAACUCUGGAGUACAAUCUGAGUCCGCUCAUGCUGUAUUUAAGUCUAUCCCUGCACUGCCUGAAUCUUCACUACUUACUGAGCGAGACAUUUAUAGAAAACUGCACUAUAUGCAAACUGCUGUGGACAAUAAUGGACGACUUCUGGAAUUAAUUUUGAAGAAGUUGGAAAACUUAGAAACUGGAGUUGGUACUACUAAAGGAACUACUGCACCAGAAAACAACGUAGAAGAACUUAUUCCGUGUAAAACCAAAGGAGACCUAAUGAAACUGGAGGAAAAAGUACUGAAGUCGACUGACGCAUUGAAUAAGCUUGCAAGAGUUUUCAGACUCACAGGGGGCGCAGAUACAAAAAAUCUGCUGCAUAAUUUAAUGAAAAAACUUAUGACUGAUGAGGUGGCCCAACAAUAUACUUUCAAGGGGGCAACUACUGGAAAAGGCUCCCUCCAAGGUUUAGCAACUUUUAAAGUUUUAAAAG